CCGAUCAGUUAAUAAAAAGAAGGGAUAAAAAUGAAGGGACUGAUCUUCAAAACGAAACCUCUUACACCCGUUGAGUUAGUUCAUCAUAUUCGGCAACUUCUUACUUAUACAUGUCCUAAUCCAGAUGUUCGUGAAACCAAGCGCCAAGAUAAGGUUCGUGAACUAAAUAGAUUGAUUCAUGAGAUGAAAAUAGUACUUUAUGGCGAUGAGAUGUCAGAACCGCAUGCAGAUGCUUGUGCAAAGUUAACCCAAGAAUUCUUCAAGGAAGAUAUAUUGCGUCUUCUAAUUGUUUACCUUCCCAAUUUGGACCCUGGGUCGCGUCAAGAUAUUACUCACGUGAUUGCAAAUCUACAAAGGCAAAGAGUUCAUGGACAUUAUGUUGCUGCUGAAUAUUUGGAAGCAAAUACAGAUCUUCUGGAUAUGUUGAUACCUGGGUAUGAUGACCCAGAAACUGCUAUAUCAUAUGGUGCAAUCUUGAAAGACUGCAUUCGGCAUCAGGUAGUUGCCAAAUAUAUCUUGGAGUCGGAUCACAUGAAAACAUUCUUCAGGUAUCAGCAUGAUCCAAACUUUGACAUAUCAUCAGAUGCGGCAUCAACAUUUAAGGAGCUAUUAACCAGACACAAAUCAACUGUUGCUGAGUAUCUUAACACAAAUUAUGAUUGGUUUUUCGGGGAAUAUAAUGCAUUGCUGGAAUCUUCUAAUUACAUCACCAGAAGGAAUGCUAUUAUGCUAUUAGGAGCAAUGUUACUGGAUCGUUCAAAUACUGCUGUGAUGGUCCGCUAUGUGAGCUCAUUGGACAACAUGAGAAUUCUAAUGAAUCUUCUUCGGGAUUCAAACAAGACGAUACAAUUGCAAGCUUUUCAUGUUUUCAAGCUUUUCCCUGCAAAUCAAAACAAACCUCAGGAUAUCGUGAAUGUGCUAGUUGCAAAUAGAAGCAAACUACUUCGGUUCUUUAGUGACUUCACUUUUGACAAACCGGAUGAGCAAUUUGAAGCAGACAAAGCUCAAGUGAUGAAUGAAAUCGCUUCCCUUGUGCCCAAAUGUCAGACAUGCGAUAGUCUCAAGCAAUGUGAUGGAACUAACUGUUAACCAUA